AUGCGGAUGCUGCUAGUGGAGCACCACAUGUUGAGAGCCACUGUGCAGGAGAGGAUAAAUGUGAAAGGCCUACUUACAGACACUGAAGAAUUUGUUGUUUUGUCUGACACCACGGAGAAUCCACCCAAUGGCACAAGCUUGACCAGGGAGCCUGCUGGUCCCCAAGGGUCUUGGAGGACUCAGUUCCAGAGAGCCCUGGCAUGUUUCACCAUGUCCUUCAGAAAUGUUUCCCGAUGCAUCCCGCUGAACAUGGGGGAUUCUACGACCCAGAAUCCCAACCCAGAGGGCAAAAGUUAG